AAGUACAUAUCAACCAACUACAAACUAUAGUAUUUAUCAUGUCUGACGUUGAAGAACAAUACGUUGAAGAACAACAAGUUGAAGAAGAAGAACAACCAGUUGUUCAAGAAGAAUUACAAUUAGUUGAAUUAGCUACUGCUAUUCCAGCUGAUGUUCAAGCUGCUCAACAAGAAGUUAAAUUAUUCAACAAAUGGUCAUUUGCUGAAGUUGAAAUCAAAGAUAAAUCAUUAAACGGUUACAUUCAAAUCAGAGAUGCCGUCUUUGUUUCCCACACUGCUGGAAGAUAUGCUUCUAAAAGAUUCAGAAAAGCUCAAUGUCCUAUUGUUGAAAGAUUAACCAACUCAUUAAUGAUGAAUGGUAGAAACAAUGGUAAAAAAUUAAAGGCUGUUAGAAUCGUUAAACAUGCUUUAGAAAUUGUUCACGUUUUAACCGAACAAAACCCAAUCCAAGUUUUAGUUGAUGCUAUUGUUAACUCUGGUGCCAGAGAAGAUUCCACCAGAAUUGGUUCUUCCGGUACUGUUAGAAGACAAGCUGUUGAUGUUUCUCCAUUAAGAAGAGUUAAUCAAGCUGUUGCUUUAUUAACUGUUGGUGCUAGAGAAGCUUCUUUCAGAAAUGUUAAAACUAUUGCUGAAUGUUUAGCUGAAGAAUUAAUCAAUGCUGCUAAAGGUUCUUCAACUUCUUAUGCUAUUAAGAAAAAGGAUGAAUUAGAAAGAGUUGCUAAAUCUAAUCGUUAAGAAAAUUUUGUACAUUAUUUCUUUACUUCAAUCAUCAAUAAUUACUAUCAUAAUACUUUCAUAUCAUCCAUAUCAUCAUAUCAUAUAAAGUCUAUCCAUCAUCAAAAUCACCUCAUGAUCAUACAAAAAGUUUAUACAUACCUAAAUACAUAUAUAUAAACGAUCAUAAACGUAUUAAUAUAAAAAAAAUAUAAGAGUUUAUUUAAGGUUACACUU